CACAAUUAUUUGUUCGAGCCUUUCUCUCCUUCGGAUCUGUCAGAUCCACCGUUCUUUCCCUGCUCUCUCCACUAGGGUUACAGCAGAGCGCGCACGCGUAGUACUUGUGCCGUCAGCGCCCGGUCCAAGCCAGUUCAGCGGAAUUCGCCAAUAAGCUACCUUGUUUGCGCUCACCGAGUUAUCCCUUUUUAGUCCCUCCGGCGUCCGCUCGCUGAUCUGCCUAUGAGCUCCUAAUACCAAUUAACGCGAUUUUAUCUUGGAUCAAGCCUGUUUUCAACCAAAACUGUUUUCAACCAAGCCGAAUCUCGCGUCGUUUCCGCAUCUGCUACCAUGCAUCUCGUCGAGCGCCCUUACGCCGCGCGACUGAGCACCCUUGCUGGCGCGGCGGGAGCGGCGGGUCCGCGCGACGCCGUCGGGUUUCACGGCGGGAUUCACGGCAGCUCGAGCCCUCCUCUGGGUGGAUCGCGGCACAGACUGCACUUCGAGACGAAUCCCGAGCUCUGCGAUCUCGACGACCCCUCCUACUACACGUCGCUGGACCACCUCCCCGACCGCCAGAUCCUCGUGCAGACGUCCAGAAUAGGGGCGGGGGUUCCCGUGGUAGAGAAGGUGCGAUGGCUGGACCAGCACCUGUCGCACCUGCAGUGCCCCUACCCCAUCCAACACAUCGAGUUCACCUACUCCGGCGAUGCAGUGGUUCAGUUCAUCUCGGAGCCCGCUAAGCUCAAGGCGCUGGCGCGGUGCGGGUCGCUGCGGUGGAGGAGCGUGGAGAUCGCCGCGCGGCCGUGCGCGGAGGACGACGUGCGCGCGCUCUUCUGGGUCGGCAUCACCGGCGCGCUGCCCGAGAUCUCCCCGCUCGUGCGACAGGCGUUGCAGCAAUACGGCGAAGUGAAGGGGGAGUGUCCCCCUCCGCCCAACAACCAUCUCCUGUUGGCGCAACAGCAGAGGAGGUUUCCAAUGCUCAAGUACUAUUUCGUUCCUAAUGGCAAGAAGAGGCUCCCGCCGUCCAUCCAGGUCGUCAGGCCAGACCGGCCAAAGGCGUACCCACCAUGCACAGUUCGAGUGUUCACACCGUUUGGGCCUCUUUCUCCGACCUGCUCUGAUUUUGGGAAGGCACACUCAGUGUAUGGGUGCCCUUCAUGCUACUUUAAUGGUAGCCAAUCUCAUUUCGGCGCUUAAUUUGGAACAGCUGCUGGUCGAACCUGGCCGGCUUCUAGCACUAACGAAUGCCGUAGAUUCAUGGCGAGAAAGAGUAGGUAGGGCCUAUUAGGGGCCUGCUGGAGUAAGGUACGUGUAGGUUAUCUUAUGGUUAGUUCAUUGAUGGGAUUUAGGAAGUUACCUGUAAGCUAAAGAUCAGUGCAUGUUCAUGUCAACAAGCAUAUAUCUGUAUGCAGUUAGGUUAGAGAUGUUUUGUUAUGACCUACCUAGGUCAGCUUUUAGAGGGGACAAUACGA